UUGGAAUAACCUACUGAUGGUUAAAAUCUGUAAUGACCACACGGAUAUUCGUAUCGUAUAAUGGAAACUGCAUCAUACGUUGUGUUAUUGUGAGGUUAGGGUUAGACGAUCAUGUGCGAUCAUGUGCAGUUCCAUGCAGGUUUAACACUUGUUUGACACCGGUAUUUUUGCAAAAUGACGCAAAUUACGCAGGAAGAUAACGAAUUAAAGAGAUUACUUAAUAAUCCAGCCAAAAAUGCGAGCGAGGAUGGAUCCAUGGCUCCACCGUUAUCGACCAACGUGCCGAGACCAAGCACAUCGCAAAAUGUCAAUCCGCAAUCGACGAUGCUUCCGAUAACACCAGCUAAUAGUACAAAAGAAGUCCUGGAGCCUUGUCUACAAAAUGUAGUCUCUACAGUUAAUUUACAAACAGAAUUGAAACUCAUGUACAUUAAUGUAAGAACUAGGAAUUCUGAAUACAAUCCAGCGAGAUUUACUGGAUUGAUAAUGAGGAUACAAAAUCCUAGAGCGACUGCGCUGAUCUUCCGCUCUGGCAAAUUAGUAUGUACUGGUGCGAGAAGCGAAGAAGAUUCACUUUUGGCAGCAAAAAAGUUUGCCAGAAUAAUUCAGAAACUAGGAUUCCCUGUGAAAUUUACUUGCUUUAAAAUACAGAACAUAGUUGCAACAUGUGAUUUGAAAUUUCCAAUUAAAUUGGACAAUCUAAAUCAAAUGCAUGGUCAGUUUUCUAGUUAUGAGCCAGAAUUGUAUCCUGGUCUGACAUAUAGAAUGGUAUUGCCUAGGGUUGUGUUAUUAAUAUUUGUGAAUGGUAAAGUUGUGUUAACAGGAGCAAAAAAUAGGACUGAAUUACAAGAUGCGUUAAAUAAUAUAUACCCGAUAUUAAAGAGUUUCAGAAAGCAAUAAUAUUAUUUGUUCACACAAUAUCA